AUGGCUCGCCCAGCCAACCUCGCCCUUUACUAUCACUCGUCCAGCAGCCAGUCCGACGCCAGCAAAAUCGAAGCAGAACUGAAGCAGUCUGGGAAGGUGGUGACCUGCCAAGGCGACCUGACCUCCGCUGUCGCCGUUAUCAAGCUGUUUGAGGACGUCAAGCGCAGGCUUGGCAAGGCGUUGAAGAAGCCCAUCACAGAGAUUACGGAGGAAUACGAUACGAUAUUUGCCGUCAACUCCAAGGCUGCAUUCUUCGUCCUGAAGCCAGCCGCCAAGCACGUCUCUGACGACGGAAAGAUCAUCAUCAUCGCCACGGCCUUGCCUUUACCGGACACUACACCUCAUACGCUGGUAGCAAAGCACCGGUUGAGCACUUACUUGCGGUGUCUGCAAGGAACUCCAGUCCCGCCGCGUCAGCGUCAACAACAUCGCCCUUGCCCCAUGGAUAAUCGUGGCUUUAAGGCAGUGAAGUUCCUCAAGGCCAACGCAGUGGGCGGAUGA